GGAGCCCGCCGCCGCUCGCGGGCUGCGCGUUUGCCGCCGCCGCCGCCCCGUCGCUGCCGCCGCCGCCUCCGCCUCCCAGCCUCCGCCUCCCAGCCUCCGCCAUGGACCUGUUCGGGGACCUGCCGGAGCCCGAGCGCUCGCCGCGCCCGGCUGCGGGGAAAGAAGCUCAGAAAGGAUCUCUGCUCUUUGAUGAUCUCCCUCCGGCCAGCAGUACUGACUCAGGAUCGGGGGGACCUUUGCUUUUUGAUGAUCUCCCACCAGCCAGCAGUGGUGAUUCAGGUUCUCUUGACACUUCGAUAUCCCAGGUGGUAAAGAAUGAAGGGAAAGGAGCAAAGAGAAAAACCUCUGAAGAAGAGAAGAAUGGCAGUGAAGAGCUUGUGGAAAAGAAAGUUUGUAAAGGCUCUUCGGUGAUCUUUGGUUUGAAAGGCUAUGUAGCUGAGCGGAAGGGCGAGCGGGAGGAGAUGCAGGACGCCCAUGUCAUCCUGAAUGACAUCACCGAGGAGUGUAGGCCCCCCUCCUCCCUCAUUACCCGGGUUUCAUAUUUUGCUGUUUUCGAUGGACAUGGAGGAAUUCGAGCCUCAAAAUUUGCUGCACAGAAUUUGCAUCAGAACUUAAUCAGGAAAUUUCCUAAAGGAGAUGUAAUCAGUGUAGAGAAAACCGUGAAAAGAUGCCUCUUGGACACUUUCAAGCAUACUGAUGAAGAAUUCCUGAAGCAAGCUUCAAGCCAGAAGCCUGCCUGGAAAGAUGGGUCCACUGCUACCUGUGUUCUGGCUGUAGACAACAUUCUUUAUAUCGCCAACCUCGGAGAUAGUCGGGCAAUCCUGUGUCGUUACAAUGAGGAGAGUCAAAAACAUGCAGCCUUAAGCCUCAGCAAGGAGCAUAAUCCAACCCAGUAUGAGGAACGAAUGAGAAUACAGAAGGCUGGAGGGAAUGUCAGGGACGGGCGUGUCCUGGGUGUGCUGGAGGUGUCCCGCUCCAUUGGGGAUGGGCAGUACAAGCGCUGUGGGGUCACUUCUGUGCCAGAUAUCAGACGCUGCCAGCUGACCCCCAACGACAGGUUUAUUUUGCUGGCCUGUGAUGGCCUCUUCAAGGUCUUUAACCCAGAAGAAGCCGUGAACUUCAUCUUGUCCUGCCUUGAGGAUGAGAAGAUCCAGAGCCGAGAAGGGAAGCCCGCCGUGGACGCCCGCUACGAAGCCGCCUGCAACAGGCUGGCCAACAAGGCGGUGCAGCGGGGCUCGGCGGACAACGUCACCGUGAUGGUGGUGCGGAUAGGGCACUGAGGUGCUGCGGGCCGGGGCGCGGCGUGGUGUUGACUUCCAAUGUUCAUUUUGUGUGUUGUGCACAUUAUGUGUUUCGUGUACUCCUGUGGGAUUCCCAUGGUUGUAAAUAAAGGUUUUGUUUUUUUUUUUCUAGA